AUGGCCGGAGCUAUCAAGCAGCACGCGCUGUCGGCGCUGAGCAGCCGCAAGACGGACGGCAAGGGCCUGCGCGUGGCUAUUGUGCACGCCAAGUGGAACGCCGAGGUGGUGAACUCGCUCGUGUCGGCCGCCAAGGCGGAGCUGCUGAGCGCGGGCGUGGCCGAGAGCGACGUGGUCAUCGCGGACGUGUCGGGCGCCUACGAGCUGCCGUACGCCGCCAGCCGCCUCAUCGCGUCGCAGAAGCUGGACGCCGUCAUCUGCAUUGGCACCCUCAUUAAGGGGGACACCAUGCACUUCGAGUACAUCUGCGAGGCCGUGUCCCAGGGCAUCAUGCGCGUGCAGCUGGACACGGGCGUGCCCGUGCUCUUCGGCGUGCUCACGGUGCUCAACGAGCAGCAGGCCAAGGACCGCGCCGGACUCUCGGACAAGGGCCACAACCACGGCACCGAGUGGGCGCAGACCGCCGUCGAGAUGGCGCGCCUGCGCGAGGCCACGCUCAAGGGCGGCUGCCCCAUGCGCCCCCACGAGCACCUGCCGUACCACAGCCUGACGAACUGCCCAUUCUUCACGGUCUCGACGUGGCUGCACAUCGCCACGCUCGGCGCGCUCGGCUUCGUGGCUGCUUCGGUCGCCAAGAAGCUCGCGUAGGUCACAGGCAUGCACAAGACAUAGCGUAGCGUAGCGAAGAGUAGAAGCACUCACAGACCUGAAUUUGACAAACAAGUUCUCCUCUCUU